CGGAGGCUUAAAGCGCCCCCCCCGCUCCGCGCCCGGACCUGUGGAAGCCACACGCCGCCCGGCCGCGCCAUGGAAGCCUACCACAAGCCUGACCAGCAGAAGCUGCAGGCCCUGAAGGACACGGCCAACCGCUUGCGCAUCAGCUCCAUCCAGGCCACCACGGCGGCCGGCUCGGGCCACCCCACAUCCUGCUGCAGUGCUGCUGAGAUUAUGGCUGUCCUCUUUUUCCACACCAUGCGCUACAAGGCCCUGGACCCUCGGAACCCUAACAACGAUCGCUUUGUGCUGUCCAAGGGCCACGCGGCUCCCAUCCUGUAUGCUGUCUGGGCUGAAGCUGGCUUCCUGCCCGAGGCGGAGCUGCUGAACCUGAGGAAGAUCAGCUCCGAUCUGGAUGGACACCCUGUCCCGAAACAAGCUUUCACGGAUGUGGCCACUGGCUCCCUGGGCCAGGGCCUGGGGGCCGCUUGUGGAAUGGCCUACACCGGCAAAUACUUCGACAAAGCCAGCUACCGCGUGUACUGCAUGCUGGGUGAUGGGGAGCUGUCCGAGGGCUCCGUGUGGGAGGCCAUGGCCUUUGCUGGCAUUUACAAGCUGGACAACCUUGUGGCCAUUCUUGACAUCAACCGCCUGGGGCAGAGUGACCCUGCUCCACUGCAGCACCAGGUGGACGUCUACCAGAAGCGCUGUGAGGCUUUUGGCUGGCACGCCAUCAUUGUGGACGGACACAGCGUGGAGGAGCUGUGCAAGGCCUUCGGGCAGGCCAAGCACCAGCCCACAGCGAUCAUCGCCAAGACCUUCAAGGGCAGAGGCAUCACAGGGAUAGAGGAUAAGGAGUCCUGGCACGGGAAGCCCCUCCCCAAAAACAUGGCUGAACAGACCAUCCAGGAAAUCUACAGCCAGAUCCAGAGCAAAAAGAAGAUCAUGGCCACUCCCCCGCAGGAGGACGCCCCCUCGGUGGACAUCGCCAACAUCCGCAUGCCCUCUCCGCCCAGCUACAAAGUUGGGGACAAGAUAGCCACCCGCAAGGCCUAUGGGCAGGCGCUGGCCAAGCUGGGCCAUGGCAGUGACCGCAUCAUCGCCCUGGAUGGGGACACGAAGAAUUCCACCUUCUCAGAGAUCUUCAAAAAGGAGCACCCUGACCGCUUCAUCGAGUGCUACAUCGCGGAGCAGAACAUGGUGAGCAUUGCCGUUGGCUGUGCCACGCGGAACAGGACCGUGCCCUUCUGCAGCACUUUCGCAGCCUUCUUCACGCGGGCCUUCGACCAGAUCCGCAUGGCGGCCAUCUCAGAGAGCAACGUCAACCUGUGCGGCUCCCACUGUGGCGUGUCCAUCGGGGAAGAUGGGCCUUCUCAGAUGGCCCUGGAGGACCUCGCCAUGUUUCGGGCAGUUCCCAUGUCAACUGUCUUUUACCCAAGUGAUGGAGUUGCCACAGAGAAGGCGGUGGAGUUAGCAGCCAACACAAAGGGCAUCUGCUUCAUCCGGACUAGCCGCCCGGAAAACGCCAUCGUCUACAGCAGCAGUGAGGACUUCCAGGUUGGACAAGCCAAGGUGGUUCUGAAGAACAAGGAUGACCAGGUGACCGUGAUCGGGGCUGGGGUGACGCUGCACGAGGCCUUGGCUGCCGCUGAGCUGCUGAAGACAGAGAAAAUCAGCAUCCGCGUGCUGGACCCCUUCACCAUCAAGCCCCUGGACACAAAACUCAUUCUUGACAGCGCACGAGCUACGAAGGGCAGGAUCCUCACGGUGGAGGACCACUACUAUGAGGGUGGCAUUGGUGAGGCAGUGUCUGCUGCCGUCAUGGGUGAGCCUGGAGUCACUGUCACCCGCCUGGCUGUCAGCCAGGUACCAAGAAGCGGGAAGCCAGCCGAGCUGCUGAAGAUGUUUGGUAUCGACAAGGAUGCCAUUGUGCACGCAGUUAGGGGGCUCGUCACCAAGGGGUAGGGAGGGUGUGGAGCACCAGGUGGGGUCCUACACCUUCCUAGAAGAUUUGUCAAGGUGCUCAAAGAUGUACUGAGAGGAGAGGUAAAUAUAUGUUUUGAGAUAAAUGAA